CGAUUCAUUAUGACGAUGGAGAGCAAUAUGCUAUCGAUUGGCAAGAGAUGUCCUAUGCGUCAAGAAUAUGAGAUUAAAGUAAACGAUGACGGAGUUAUACAGUCUCUCGACUCGCAACACUGGAGCGAGUGUGGUUCUAGUCCUAACGAACCACAUUCUGGCAUAAUAGCUCACUACUUACAAAAUAGCUGCUACUUAAUUGAUAAUUGGAAUAUUAGAGGAUAUGAAGUCAUAACCGGUACACCAUCAAACACGUUUUGUCGAGCAUCAGGAUUUACGGAAGGAUUAGCCAUGAUUGAGAAUAUGAUGGAGCACAUUGCGAUAGUGGCGAAUAAGGAUCCGAUUGCAGUCAGAUUAGCGAAUAUGAAUGAUAAUGAUAAAUCCGUAUUAGAUAAUAUAAUACAAAACAUUUGUUACAGUGAAGUCGUAAAACCCACUAUUCUGUCAUUCCCCAGUAAAUAA